CACACAAGCACAUACACACGUACUGCCUGCGCUUUAUAUCGCCGUGCCAGCCUUUCGGGGCGACGGAAAGCAGCACUGGCUGGCUGAGAGAAAGAGAGAGGGAGAGCGAGCUUAUAUAACAGCUCUGGGAAACGCCGAGGACACGCUCGGUGCACAAUAAAGCGAGGAAAACAGCGAUCUUAACGGCUAUAAACUGAUAAGUGAUCGCGCAGUGGAAGGAUGCCGCGCCGCUCCGGUGCUGAAGCUUACACCCAAGGAUCCCCUUGGAGUCACUGACCACAGCAUUGGAUAUUAAAUCUUUCUGGUGUGACACAUCCAUUGUUACACUGCUGAUCUCAGACUCUGUGGCUCCAAAAGGACCAAGACAAUGUGUGCACCUCUGCUAGAUCCUGCAGGUCUUGUCAUUAUUAUGAAGUUCUAAGUAGGUUACAGAUCUGCUCUCUCUCUUACUCGUCAAAUGGCCUUCCACUGAGCUGCGAGACAGUAAACGGUAUAGGAAUGGUGGCACCCUUCUACAAGCUGCACUGCCUCUUGAAGCGGGCUCAAAUGCUGCUGCUCUGCUUGGGCAUCGCCUAUCUGAUGGCAGGCAGCAUCCUGCUUCUACAGCGCUCCAGCAUCAGAGUGGCUCAGCCAAACCUGGCCAGCCUGCCCCCCCUGUGGUCCCUCUCUGCACCUCCUACUGCCCUCAGGACUGCAGGCUUGGGCAUGAGGGCACGCUCCAGAUGGGUUGCCAUUCAGGCUGCGUCUGGAGGGGGAGCCAAGGCAGGAGGGCGACACUGGACUGCUUCCCGAAGCCUGGGGGUCCAACACUUGCAUCAUCGCUGGUUUCACAGUCUGCUGCCAGAGAGUCCAGAGCAAAGAGUCUCCGUCCAGAGAAGCAGCAGGCACAAAGGAACCUACAUCGGAUGCUUCCUUCACAACGCCAGCGAUCGAGCUCUGGGAGGGACCAUGCUUUACGACCUGCGCAAAAUGACCAGUUCUUUGUGUCAAGACACCUGCUCGGAAAGUGGUUACCAGUUUGCAGGUCUGGAGUACGGAGCCGAGUGCCACUGCGGGAAUCGGAUUAGCAGCCCUCGGGCUCCGGAAGAGGAUUGUAGUCUGGUGUGUCGGGGUGAGAGGGGGUCUCCCUGUGGCGGCGUGGGCCGUCUCUCCAUAUACAAGGUGGAGGAGCAGCUGCCAGGUCACAGAAAAUUCAGAAAUGUGCACUACCGGGGUUGCUUCAAGUUGCUGAAAAGCAUCAUCGGCACCUUCCCCGUCUACUCCUUUCAGCCGAACCUAACCACGCAGUCCUGCAUCGAGACGUGCACUGAUAAGGAGCUCCCACUGGCUGUGUUCAAGAAACCCCACUGUUUCUGUACAUGGACGUCAUCUCUUUUCAGUCUCAACCAGCAGUCGGACAACCAGCAGUGUGUGGGGAACCACACCGUCGCCUCUGCACUCACAGCCUCCACAGAGCCCGACCACUACCAAGUUUACCAUACCCCUGUGCUUGACUCCAGGUGCAAAGAGAGGAUGUUUCUGCCUCAAAGAUCCAGUUCCCUUGUGGCUCUCUCUAGUUUUCCCGGGGCAGGCAACACCUGGGUACGACACCUGAUCGAGCUUGUGACCGGCUACUACACUGGCAGCUUCUAUUUCGAUGGCACACUGUACAACAGAGGUUUCAAAGGCGAGAAGGACUACUGGAAGAGUGGCCGCAGCAUUUGCGUAAAGACCCAUGAAAGUGGGCAGAAAGAAAUUGAGAUGUUUGACUCUGCCAUCCUGCUGAUUCGCAACCCUUACCGCUCCUUAAUGGCUGAAUUCAACCGCAAGUGCGCCGGACACUUAGGACACGCCACAGAUGCCCAGUGGAAGAGUAAAGAAUGGCCAGAGUUUGUCUCCAGCUAUGCCCCCUGGUGGGCAUCUCAUGCUGUGAGCUGGCUGAAGUUUGGCCGUCGCCUCCUGGUGGUGCAUUACGAGGAGCUGCAGCGAGAUCUCCUAGCCCAGCUCCGGCUCAUCACAGCCUUUCUAAACGUCACUAUGACAGAGGAGAGGUUUCUGUGUGCAGAGAGCAACCAAGACGGGCAUUUCAAACGCUCAGGGGCUCAGCGGCCCUCUUUUGACCCAUUUACUCCUGACAUGAGACAGAUGAUUGACUCCCACAUUCAUGCUGUUGACCAGGCGCUGCAGAGCAGGAACUUUAGCGGACUUCCACAAGAAUACCUCCCCAGAUGAUGAUGUGAAAAGGUCAUGAGGUAGUUCUUUAAAUGACUGGUACAGCAGACGUGUGUGAGAGGAAAGGUUUCCACCGAGUGCUCUGUGGGGAGCAGACACACGCUGGCUAAUGUAAGCGGCCCACCUGACUCUUUAAUAAGCCAGUCACACUGUGAAUGCCCGUAGAAUCACAGAAACUCUUUAGAGGUCACUGGAGAAACAUUUCAGUUCAUUGUGAAAUUCUACAGAGAACAGGUAUGAAAGCAUCAAGGCCAGGACUGCCUCUAUGCAAGCAGCAAAUAUGAUGACUACUCAGAAAGGAUUUGUUAGCCAGCAGAUCUGGAUGUAUCUGUAUGUCCUUCAGAGCUGCUGCAUGCUGUUAUAUGGACAUGAACUCAGAAAUAUGUUGAUGACAAUGAAAACUUCUCCAAACUGUAUGAAAUCUUUCUAUUAGCAUUUUAUUUCAUUAAAUGCGUUUACUUUGAGCUGGGUGCAGUUGUUUACACUGGCAUCACUUGAAACGUGUCUCACUUUAUUGUUACCAGGUGAGGACAUUG